UCGGAUUGUUUUAUGCCUGCGCAGCGCUACUGAGAGAGAUUUUCCAAACCCAGCUCCGAGGCGCAAAACGCGGGGAAUGCAGCAGUAACAUCCCGCAAGUUUUGGAUCUCAGAGGCAUACCGAGAAAGUCUAAAAGCAAAGAUUUAGAUCUCUGUGGGCUACCUGCAUGACUGUUACCAUGACAACAUCUGGAGCCCAACUCCUCCUGUUGGCCUUAUGUGUUUACAGAGGCUCGGGCCUGCAGCAGUCUGCUCCACGGGUUCGCCUCUCCUUCAAAGAGCUAAUGGACACAAGAGCAGCACGGCCCUUCAGUUUCUCCUUCAACACCAGCGACUACCGCAUCCUCCUGAUGGACCAGGACCAGGGCCGUCUGUAUCUGGGGAGCCGGGAGUACCUAGUAGCUCUGGAUAUGCACAAUGUCAACAAAGAGCCACUCAUAAUCCACUGGCCAGCAUCUGCCAAGAGAAAGGGGGAAUGUCAGAUGACAGGAAAAGGAAGACAGGGUGAAUGUGCCAACUUUGUGCGGAUGAUAGAGCCGUGGAACCGCACCCACCUCUACACCUGUGGAACGGGGGCAUACCAACCUAUCUGCACAUUCAUCAACAGAGGCUGGAGGGCAGAGGACUACCUGUUUAGGCUGGUCCCUGGGUAUGUGGAUUCAGGGAAGGGAAAAUGUUCCUACGAUCCCAAACAGGAGAACAUUGCAGUUCUAAUCAAUGGUAACCUAUAUGCAGGGGUCCACAUAGACUUCAUGAGUACAGAUGCUGCUCUGUUUAGGACUAUGGGAGGAAGAACAGCAAUCAGAACAGAGCAGUACGACUCCAGGUGGCUCAAUGAGCCUGUGUUUGUUCAGAUCCAGCAGAUCCCUGACAGUGCAGAAAGGAACGACGACAAACUUUACUUCUUUUUCCGUGAGAAGACUCUAGAUUCCAGCGGUGGGGCAAGCCCCAGUGUUUUAGCCAGGGUGGGAAGAGUGUGUCUGAAUGAUGAAGGAGGGCAGAAGUCUUUGGUCAACCGCUGGACGACGUUCCUAAAGGCUCGCCUUAUCUGCUCAGUGAUAGGCGAAGAUGGAGUGGAGACACGAUUUGAUGAACUGAGGGAUGUAUUUAUUCAGCCUACACAAGAUGAACGAAACCCCAUGGUGUAUGCUCUCUUCACUACAGCUGGCUCUGUGUUCAAAGGCUCAGCAGUCUGCGUGUACUCAAUGGCUGAUAUCCGCAAUGUCUUCAAUGGGCCAUUUGCCCAUAAACAUGGUCAUAAUUACCAGUGGACAGAGUACACUGGCAAGAUUCCUUACCCACGACCAGGAACAUGUCCAGGAGGAACCUUCACUCCUGGUAUCCGUUCCUCGAAAAACUUCUCAGAUGAGGCUGUGAAUUUCAUCAGAGCCCAUCCCCUCAUGUACCACCCGGUGUAUCCUAUCCACCGUCGCCCCCUGGUGGUGAGAACUGGCGUGGACUAUCGUUUCACUGCCCUGGUGGUGGAUCAAGUGGAUGCCGUGGAUGGACGCUAUGAGGUGCUCUUCCUGGGGACAGAUCGAGGAACAGUUCAAAAAGUUAUAGUAUUGCCCAAAGACCCGACCAACAUGGAGGAACUGACACUAGAGGAAGUUGAGGUUUUUCGGACCAGAGCGCCUGUCAAAACAAUGAAAAUAUCUUCUAAAAGGCAACAGCUGUACGUGUCAUCAGACGCAGGGCUGACCCAGGUGUCGCUGCACCGCUGUGGUGUGUACGGCAGAGCCUGCUCUGACUGCUGCCUGGCCCGUGACCCCUACUGUGCCUGGGAUGGAGAGAGCUGCUCUGCCUUCACUCCAUCCACCAAGAGGAGGAGCAGAAGACAGGACGUUAAACAUGGUGAUCCACUGAGGCAGUGCAGGGGCUUUAAUGCCAAAGUGGAGAAACGUCUGAGAGAAACAGUGCAGUUUGGGGUGGAGGGCAGCAGUACCUUCUUGGAGUGUCAGCCUCGCUCUCCUCAGGCCACCGUUAAGUGGCUGUUCCAGAGAGAGGGAAAGAGGAAAGUGCUCAACCGUGUGGGAGGUGUUCUGAAGACCAACCAUGGUAUCCUGAUAAAAUCUCUUAACCAAUCAGAUGCAGGGCUCUACCACUGUCUCGCCACUGAGAACAACUUUAAACACACAGUGGCCCGUGUGGCGCUCCGCAUCCUCGAUCGAGAUAUCGUUUUAGCUCUCACCGAUCAAGAUGAGGACGAAGAGCCAAAAAUUCGCCAAGCGGGACCUUACCCUCAGUCAUCCCUCGUCUCCACUCCCUUCCCACCCGAGAUCAGACUGAUUAACCAGUACUGCCAGUCCUACUGGGAGCAACUCAAUCCCAAACAGCAGCAGCGCAAACGCACCAGCCGCAGGCACACAGAGAGCCAGGACCAAGGCCUCGGCUAGAGGACGGGACUGACACCGUCCAACACUGGCCUGUCUGGACUUUAUGGUGGACUUUAUGUUUGACACGCAUGUUUGUGCAUCACCUCCAUGCAUUGGGCAGGUGACGCUGUCAUGCUAUACUAUACUGUUGGUUUUGUGUCAAGUGUCAGCCUAGUAAAUACAUAUUAUGUAUAUUUCACAUCACUGAUGACCACAUUCCAAAAAUUACUGUAUAUUUUUUGAAUACUGAUAACUGUCAGGUAUCAGUUCAUGUUAGUUUGACAUAGAAAUCGGCUUACAGACUUGAUACUUGAUUGAUCACCUACCACAGGGAUUGUUUUAAAACUUUUUCCUCUUGGUGCUUAUGGGAUCAUGUCACCAUCUGGGACUUGAGAAUCACUGUUCAACUGUACAACACUGAUUUUAGUGUGAGAAAUGUUUUUUAAGAAUUGCAAAAUUGUGCAUGUUUGCUUUACUUUCUGUCUUCCAGGUUUCAUUUUACAACAGCUCGUUUAAAUUGUGGAGUUUUGGCAGCUGAUUGCUAAAUAUCAGUCCUCGAAUGCACCAAGACGGAAGAGUUUUCAAAAAACAAAUGGAUUACCAUGCAGUUCCAAUUUUACCAUGACAAAAAAAACAAAAAACAAAGACUGUUCAUUGUUUGAUUUUAAUGCUGCAUUGAACUAAAACCAGCUGCUGCCUGGAAAAAAGUAAUGUUUUGGAAAGUAGGUGGUGUCAUGUAGGUAUAUGCAACAUGUAGUUAACGGGCUACAAUAUGCAAAACCACUAGUAUGGUCCUUUUAAUUAUCUUGAAACAAAAAUGUAAUAUAUUGAUUGUGAAUAUAAUAUAUAUGGUCAUUGGAUUACUCUUGUAUUGUAUGAAGAUAAUAUGAUGGUAUAAAUGCAUAUGUUGCAUGCGUAUCUGUUGUUGUUUGUUGCAAGUUGUACAUUUUACUGUUGUUCUGUUCUCAACCUUGGUGUGUAUUGAUGUUUGUAAGGUGUAAUGUUUUAUGUUAAGCUAAUUCCAUUGGAUGUUGUCAUAUAAUGACUCCCUUACUGUCAUGUGCUCUAUAGUGACCUACAGUAUGUGAGUGUUGAAGAUAUGAAUAGCAUACAGUGUUCUUGCAGUUAUGCACUUUGUCGGUGGUGGUAUUAGAGGGAAUUUGGGAUGUUUGCACAGAUGUAUGAGUAAAUGAUACAGGAACAUAAUUUUAUAUGUACAGUAUGUUAUUAUAAAAAUGGGAACGAAAAUGG